AUGCUCGACCACCCUCCCUUCUCCCAACCGCACCAUAUGGACGCCUCAAUCCUCCUCCAGUUCGCCCACUCCCACUCCGCCCCGUCUCCCUCUGUCCCCCUCCAUUACAACAACUUUGGCGAUCGCGUCGCCGACAGACCCCACCUCACCCCCUCCUCCUCCUUUGUCCGCUCCUCUGCGCCUCGCUCCAUGAACACCCCGCAGCAGCAGCAACCUCAGCAGCAGCAGUCCUUCCAGAACUUCGCCCUCCCCUCCUUCCGCUCCCCCUUCCCCAUAUCUGCCGCCGCCUCCGCCUCCUCCUCUUUCCUCCACGACACCGGCUCACCCUACGACCUCCCCGAUCCCGACGCCCACAACUCCACCGCGACGGCCCAGGCCUUCCACUCGGAGCAGCAGUAUGCCCAGCAGUGGUCCCAGGUAGUCGAGUCCCAGGCACAGCAGUACGCAGACUCUUACGCCUCGUCCUCGUACGACCUCGCCCCCUCCUCUCCGCCUCACGCGGACGGGCCCAUGCUCCACCAGUCCGCCAGGGACUCAGAGCACAUAGAGCCCUACAGCAGCCUCUACCUCCCCUCCUACCCCGACCAGCUCCAAAACCACCCCGGCUCCGACGGCCACUCGCCACUCGCAUAUUCCACCGCGCACUACCAGGCGCAGCAGCAGCACCCGCUGUCCGCAUACACCUACGGCGCGCCCGAGCACUCGCCCGAGGUCCCGCACCUGUCCCCCUACAUGCUCGGCGGCUCCCCGCAGCACCUCGCCUUCGACUACGCGCCGCCCUCGGACAGUGACCUCCCGCAGUUCGUGCACCCGUCCCAGGUCUCGCCCGGGGUCUCCCCCGCGUCCCCGUACGUGCAGCUCGCCCCGGACGCGUGCGACCCGCGCUUCCUCGCGAGCGCCCCCGCGCACCACCCCGUCCACGGCGGCAGCAGCAACACCCACCACCACCACUACGGCCACGGCCACGGGCAGGGCAGCGACUCCGCGUCCGCGUCCGGCGCGGGCUCGCCCCCGCCGCGCGCCAGCCGCAAGCGCCAGCGGUCGUCGAGCCUCGCGAGCAGCAGCGGGGACGAGUACCGGGGCUCGAGCGGCGAGUCCGAGCCGGCGGACGGGGACGAGGACGAGGACGAGGACUACGCGCCGCGCGCCGCGCGGCGGUCGCGCCAUGGGGACUACGCGCCCGCGAUCAGCCCGGCGACGAGCGUCGGGUCUUCGGCCACCUCGGCGGGCGGCCACCUCGGGGGCGCUGGGAUCGGGGGGGCAGGCGGCGGGCGGCGGCUGGCGCCGCCCGUGCCUGUCCCGAACCUGACGAAAAAGAGUCGGGGGCGGCGGGUGCCGACGGCACAGCAGGUCGUGACCGAGGGCAGUGUGCAGAAGAGGAUGUACAUGUGCAAGGUCGGGGGCUGCGGGAAGUGCUUCGCGCGGGGCGAACACCUAAAGCGGCACGUGCGGAGCAUCCACACGAAUGAGAAGCCGCACAAGUGCCCGUACCCUGGGUGCGGCAAGGACUUUAGCCGGCACGACAACCUCGGCCAGCACAUGCGCGUCCACAAGGGCUUUCAGAUGCCCAAGGGCAGCCUCCUUUGA